UAUAUAGAAAUAUGUAUAUAUAUAUUAGUGGAAAUAAUAGAUUAAUAAAAAUAAUAUACUCUGGUCAUAAUAGAUUCUAAUUGACAUGUUAGAGUUAGUUAAAAUAAUUCAUACACAAAAUCUUGUUACAUCACAGAUGGAACAGCAGUUUUAAAAGUUAUUUUAUUACAGCACUGAUGGAGGAUAACCAUCAAACAGUAAUUGUUUAUCCACCUGCCAAAUUCAAGGGCGCAGUUUGGAAAUACUUUGGAUUUUGGAAAAUUGAAGGACGGACCUUGGAAAAUGAGACUAUUUGCCGCAUUUGUGAACACACAAUCAACUAUACCUGCAAGAAUACAUCCAAUAUGGCAAUACAUCUUAGAAGGAAACAUGCCAUAGAAACUAGUAACCAGGGAGACAAAACGUCUUUGUCAAGCACCAUGAAUUUGGUACAUGUAAAUGGAUCUGUAAAUAAAAGUUCCAUGGGCCAGCUUAGCAUACAAAGCGCCUUUCAAACAAAACUAGCACCUGGCAGUUCAAGGGCCCAACUCAUCACCCGCAAUCUUGCAUUGUAUAUAGCAACAGACUUGAGGCCUUAUUCCAUUGUUGAAAGUCAAGGAUUCAAGAAACUGAUGAACUGUCUUGAACCCAAAUACACCUUGCCAUCACGAACCACACUAAGCAGAAAAGUUAUUCCUGAUCUCUAUGAGAAAGUAAAAGAAGAAGUGAAGGCAGGUCUCAAGGCAUCUCACUCAGUCGCACUGACCACUAAUGGCUGGACGUCAAGGGCAACCCAGAGCUACAUUACCAUCACAGCUCAUUUUAUAGAUGACGAGAGGGAGCUUAAAAACAAAGUUCUUCAAACACGACCAAUUUUUGACUCACACACAGGUGUUAACAUUGCUGAUGUCUUCAAACAAGCCAUAGAUGACUGGGAGUUGAAACGUCCACAUGGACAGCAGCCUAUUACAUCAGACAGCGCAGCAAAUGUAUGCCUUGCAGUCGACAUUGCAGUGAUGACCCCCAUAUCCGAUGCUUUGCACAUGUCAUCAAUCUUGCAGCCCAACAAGCUCUUCAUAUAA